GGCCACCCGGACGGGAAUCAUCGCUCCGCCUCCAGCGCGCGGGGCAGGGGAAUCGGCUUCUUUCCGGCGCUGGCGAGGGGUGAGCAGGGCCGGUGCGUGCCGCCACCCCCACGCUGGGCCCCCGGCCCUCCCGCCGGGCUCUUCCCCUUGCCCUCGGCUCAGCGGGCGGCUCCGCGCAGCGGGGAGGGGGUGUCGCCCCGGGCCGGGCCCCUCUGCAGCGCCCGUGGUUUUCUUCAAAGCCCGGGGACCUCAUCGCACCUGGAGGGUCAGAUUUGACAGCAAUGUCGUGUGUGCCUGUCUGCCAGGGAGGCCUCCUCAUCUAAACUCAACCCUCACCCUCCUGGCAGCCACAGGAGGGCCUUUCAGAAAAUGAUUACUUAUUUGAAUCCUGGAUACAAAUUAAUGGAAAGAGGCCAAGAGGAGAAAUAAUCUAUAUAGUGCUUUGAUUAAAGGCUGAUGCUGUACAACUGUAGCACUUCAGUAUAGAGACUGUCUACAAUACAUCAACUGGAAGAGUUCGCCCAUCAGCAUUGGUAAUUCACCUCUCAGAGGCUGUAGCAGAAGGAACAAAGAGUGUGUGCGAGAGUCUAGUCUUUCCUCUGUGAUGCUGAGCUUGACAUAGUUAUGCAUCCCUUUGUCAGUCUGCAGUUUGGAUGAGAGACUUGGAAGAAAAACCUAAAAACACUAUCAGAAGUGAAGCAAUUCCCCAGCAUGGUGCUAUAGGGCUUAUAUUGCUGGAAGUGGUAUCCCUUAUAUGUGAGAACAGCCUGUUUAUCUCAGCAUGGAUCGAUCUAGGUCUCGUUUUGGGGGAGGUGAUGAACAAGCCUCUCCCCUAGAACGCAGUCAUGGUGAAGAUGAGAGACAGUGGCAGCAGGAGCGCCUUAGCAGAGAGGAGGCCUAUUACCAAUUCAUUAAUGAACUCAGUGAUGAAGACUACAGGUUAAUGAGAGACCACAAUCUUCUUGGCACUCCUGGAGAAAUAACAGCAGAAGAGCUACAGCAACGUUUAGAGGGGGCAAAGGAGCAUCUAGCAUCCCAAACUGAUGUAGAAAAUAGGGAAGGUGAAGGAGAAACUGCUGGAGAUUCAGAGGUUCUUGGGGAAAAUUCAAAUGGUGACUCUCUGCUAGAGUGGCUGAACACCUUUCGUCGCACAGGAAAUGCUACUCGCAGUGGACAGAGUGGAAACCAAACUUGGAGAGCUGUGAGUCGGACAAAUCCAAAUAGUGGGGAAUUCCGGUUUAGUCUUGAAAUCAACAUAAAUCAUGAACAUAAUAGUUUUGAAGCUUCUGGUGAUGAAUAUAUGGACAUUUCACACUUGGAUACUAGCACAAUGCAUAUGGACAAUCGACAUCAAAGAGCGGUCAGUCCAGUAGCUACACGAACUAGGAGCAGGACCUCAAGAGAUUCUAAUGGUGAAACUUCUAACACUGCAAGGACCAGAACUGUGAGAAAUUCUCUGGUACAAAGCACUGAAGAAACCUCUUCUCCUGUCUUGGGAAGGCUCAGAAGCAGAACUAGGGAGUCAACAGGCCUUUACAGAACAAGAAGCACUGCACGUAAUAUUUCUUCAGACACUGGUGAACACAAUGUUGUUAGGCUAAGAGAAAUGCAAGAAACAGUUACAUCCACUGGUCUCCAGAGAGGUAGAGCUAGAGCUAAUGUUCAGAUGAAUACAAGACAAAGACUAGGAAUUCUAAGGUUAAGAUCUACUUUGAGUAGUCGAAGCCGUUCUCCAUUGCAAAGACAAGAUGGCUCUACUAAUUCUGGGGAGCAUGGUCUGAGGCAAAGUAGGAAUUUACAGCAAAUCUCUAGAAGGUCUACUAGGAGAUAUACAGCUCAGCUGCCCUCUGAGCCAGAUGAACAAACAGUAGGUAGCACACAGACACCACGAUUUUUUAAUUCAGCCCCAACAUUGGGCAUAACAUUGGAAGAGGAUGAAUCUAGUAGAUCAACAGCUGCAGUUAGGAGACAUCCAACUAUUACACUAGAUCUUCAGGUGAGAAGAAUUCGCCCUGGGGAAAAUAGAGAUCGGGAUAGUAUUGCUAGUAGAACGCGCUCUAGAGUGGGAAUGGCAGAAAACACAGUUACUUUCGAAAGUGAUAGUGGUGGAUUUCGCCGUACAAUUUCCCGAUCAGAACGUGCAGGUAUACGAACCUACGUUAGCACUAUACGGAUACCUCUUCGUAGGAUUUCAGAAACUGGGGUUGGUGAACCUUCAUCAGUAGCUCUUCGGUCAAUUCUAAGGCAAAUUAUGACUGGUUUUGGAGAACUAAGCUCCUUAAUGGAGACUGAAUCGAAUUCAGAAAUUCAAAGGGGCAGCCAGCACUUAUCAGGUAUACAAUCAGAGCUGAAUAACUCACACACAGUAAAUGAUAAUAGUGAAUUAAGUGAGACUUCAGUUAGGCAUAGAUAUGUUGAAGAAGGCAGUAGUGAAACAAAUGGAGAGAAUGAUGGGACUCAACAUUAUAGUCUCAAUAAUGAAAAUCGGGAGAGCAGACAGUCUCAAGAAGCAAACAACUUGGUUGAAAAUGGAACACUGCCUAUUCUUCGUCUUGCACAUUUCUUCUUGUUAAAUGAAGAUGAUGAUGACGAGCACUUGAGAGGUUUAACCAAAGAGCAGAUUGACAAUCUGUCUACCCGGAACUAUGGGGACAGCCACACAGAGAGUGAAAUAAGUAAAACAUGUAGUGUUUGUAUCAAUGAAUAUGUAACAGGGAACAAGCUAAGGCAGUUACCAUGCAUGCAUGAGUUUCAUAUUCAUUGUAUUGAUCGCUGGCUUUCUGAAAAUUCUACUUGCCCCAUUUGUCGGCAGCCUGUAUUAGGGACUAACGCAGCAGACAAUGGAUAAAGUUAUUUAUAUUGUUUAGUAUUCCGUUAAUUGCUAUAUUUAUGGUGAGCCAAAUAGGAUGAAUUAUCAUUUGGAUAAGGGUACAUUUGCGUGGAGAUUUUUGUUAGACUUGUUUAAAGAUAUAGGAAAGUUGCCUAAACUUAGUGUAAAUACUAUGUUUCUCCUUCCAAAGUGCAGAUCUAGUAGUAUGUGUAGAGCCAAAUGAUAUUAAAAUUUAUAUUUUUUUAGGUAAUAUUUUUAUGCUAAGCACUUUUGUAAAUAUAGAAAUGUAAUAGUUAAUCAGUCCUGCUAAAUGUAUGUUUGUUUUUAAUGGUGUACUCACUUUAUUUAGAUUACGCAUGGUUUCACACAGGCUGACUACUGUGUUGAGAAAUUGGUGUCUAAAUAACCAUUCAUUAGCUUUUUGUUCUAAGAACAAUUUCUUUUACAGAAGGAUAUCUUGCUGGACAUGUUUGCUAAAGAUAUUUAAGUUACUUGAAAGGCUCAAUUUAAUACACAGUAUAUUUUUUUAAUAUUGAAAUAUCCUUUCUGAAAACCUGCAAGUUUGGUUCUAUUUAAGCUUCUUUAUAGCAAUUUUUGCAUGUGGUUUUACACAAUGCUUAAUGUUGACAAGUUCUUAUUUGAAAGUGGAUUGGAUUAGUAACAUUUUGAAAUGUACAUAAUUCUAUGCAGUGUCUCUGGCAGUCGCUGUCUUUCAAUAGACAGCAAUCAGAUCAGUCAAAAUGACAAUUCUAAGAAUGCCUGCCUCAUUUGAAUAUAAACACUUGUUGAAAAAAAUAAACAUUUUAAGAGGU